AUGAUGAUAUUAUCGUUGAUUAUAUUUUUAUUUUUGAUUCAUUUACCUAAUUUAAAAGAAGACAAACCUUCACUUAUUUCAUCCCCUUCUUCUUUGUGCAAAAUAUUGUCUGAAAAGAUUAUUCUUCGUCCAUUCCAACUUCCAGUGCCAAUAGGUUCUGGUAUUCAACAAAUGUUAUAUGUUGGAAUUCGUUUUAGUGUUCCAUUGAAAUUUAACAGACAACUUGUUGAUAGUUCAGAUGGUGGUUAUUUUGCUUUAGAUUGGUUAGACCAACCAGACUUACCAGAUGAUGCACCGAUUAUAUUAGUUUAUCAUGGCCUUGCUGGUGGUUCAAGAGAAUCAUAUGUUGAACGUUUUUGUUACUAUGCAUCAAAAAAGAAUUAUCGUAUGUGUGUGUUUACUUGUCGUGGAUGUGCGGGGACAUUAAUUAAAACUCCUCGAGCAUACUCAUCUACAAAUUUGGAUGAUUCAAUUACUUCAUUUAAAACAAUUCAUAGCCAAUACCCUAAAGCCCCAAUUAUGACUAUUGGAUAUAGUCUUGGAGGAAUGAUUUUAACACAAGUGGUUUGUAGAUUAACAAAUGAAUUCAUCAAAGAAGUAAAUUAUUUAGGAUGUAUUGCUGUAUCUCCAACGUGGGAUUCUUUGAUAAUUUCUGACUUAGUCCCACAACUGUUUAUGGAGAACUUUUUUAAAUCACUGCAGCGCAUUAUUGUAAAGAAUGUUGAAUUACUGAUGGGUGCAGUAAAGAAUAAAGUAAUUAAUGUUGACCUUCAAGU